CCGUAAGUCGGCCUCUUGCCCGGGUUACAUCGCUUUUCAAAGUUUCGUUCUUUCUUACACUUCCAGUUUCAGCAGAGGGAGGAAGACCACCUGUGUAAUCCUCAUGUUUCCCAAUCCUAUUCCCCAAUCCCCACCCCUCGUAUCCUCUCUCUCUUUUACUUCCGCUCGCUGAUAUGAAUUCCGUAAUGAAAACUGCCCUUAAUAACAACUUUCAGGGUAUCCAUUUUUCUCUCAGAGCCGCCCUUUUUCAUUCAACCCCAGUUUCAGAUCGAAGAAGGCGAACCCAUUGGGAUUCUGGUGGUGGAGGGGCGUUCAGGGGUUCCACAAAGAGGUUUAAUCAUUAUGCUAAAAGGUUCAGAAAGUUCCAUGCAAAGCAGGAAUUAUUGCGGAAUGUCAGUGCUUACGCAGAGCACCUAUUUCAGAGCUGGCAAUCUGAUGAUGAUCAACGUGCUUCAUCUUCCAGUAGAGGCACCUCAUGGGUCAAAAGGCAAUACUGGACUAAAGGAACACAAAGGACUGGAUAUGAUAACCAGGGGCCUCAGCAUUCUGGAAGAAGGGGUUUCAGGUUCUGUACUAGUGAUGGUGAAGACGUUGAGACCAUAUUUCGUUUUACUUUCUUCAUGAAUGAAGAAAUGCCUCGGUGGAGUGACUACUCCUCUAAUAGGAAUAGGAGCUCUUGGAAUUGGAGAUACCGAUUGGAAGAUGAAUAUGACACCUCCACUGAAUAUGAGAAUUCUGAGUCAGAUUUAACUUCUGAUCGGCUGGCCCUUGGUUUGAGUGCUUCUGGUCCUCUGAAGCUUGAAGAAGUUAAAAGCGCAUAUCGAGCCUGUGCACUGAAAUGGCAUCCAGAUCGUCAUCAGGGUUCUUCUAAGGCUAUUGCAGAAGAGAAGUUCAAACUCUGCAGUGCAGCAUAUCGAACAAUAUGUGACAAGCUGGAUGAGGAUUAGACGAAGAUAUCCAGAGCCAGCAGGUCUGAAGUCAAGAUCCAUUUCUGAUCAUAUUCUGCUGUGCUAACUGGUUGUGACAUGGUGCAGUUGGAUCUCGAAAGUAAUCAAUUGUCAGGUGGUUUGAACUGUGACAGCAUUCACAAAUAUUGGGUAUGCAGCCCUUCUUGAAGAUGUAGUUUAUUCACUACCCUCUUCAUGAUAACAUGUUUGGAAUGGCUGGAUGUAUGAACUUGUUCCCCCCAAUUUAUUUAAUUUUUGAUUGUCAUUAGGAUGAAAGAAAUCUGUAAUUCCUUAAAAUGGAUUGGAGAAGGAAAAAGAGGUAAUAUAUGUUAGGUUGGAAACAUCAAUAAUAUGGAGUAACUAGUUCCUUACUA